UGUUGUAGAAAACCUUGCGUUGUACCUGUAUGAAAUGGCAGCCACUAGCAUUUCUGUAGAACAGGAGCAGUUUAGUUGUCCUGUAUGUCUAGAUGUGCUUCAGGACCCAGUGACGAUCCCCUGUGGACACAGUUAUUGUAUGGACUGUAUUGAGGGCUACUGGAACAAGGACAAGCAGAAAGGGAUAUUCUGCUGUCCUCAGUGUAGGCAGAUUUUUAGUCCUAGACCAACACUGAGCAGGAGUACAGUCCUGGCAGAAGUGGUGGAGAAGUUUCAAGGGUCCGGAUUACGUGGAACGCCUCUACAGCCGAGUGCCAAGACUGAGGAUGUUGUGAAAUGCGAUAUUUGCUUUAGUAAAAAGAGCAAAGCCGUUAAAUCUUGUCUCGUUUGCUUGGAAUCUUAUUGUGACGCUCACUUAAUGGCACACGAGGUACAAUUUUGUGGGAAAACACACAAACUGAUCCAAACUUUGGGCUCACUGAAAGAGAAGUUGUGUCCACAUCAUAACAAACUGCUCAGAGUCUAUUGUCGAACUGACCAGCAGUGUGUCUGCACUAUUUGUACAAAGGAGAGCCACAAGGACCAUGACACCGUCUCAGUCGUAGCAGAGAGGAAAACUCAACAGAAACAACAAGAUGAGGCAUUCUUAAAAUCCAUACAUACAUUUAAAGAGAUGGAAAAGAAGCUUAAGCAAAUUAUCAGAUACAUCAAGCAUGCCACCGAGACAGGCAUGGAGGAGAGCGAGAAGGUCUUCUCCAAGCUGAUCCGCUCCGUCGAGAGAAGGCGCUCUGAGGUGAGAGAGGAGAUGCGGGCCCAGGAGAAGGCUGCUGUCGGACAGGCAGAAACCCAACUGGAGAAUCUGGAGAGGGAACUCGCUAAACUGAGGAAGAGUGACUCGGAGCUAGAGCAGCUUUCACACACCGAGAACCACAUUUAUUUCCUCCAGAGGUGCAGGUCCCUUGAUCAGCCUCCCCAGACUGUGGAUCUUCCCUGCAUUAAAGUUCAUCCAUGCUUUGUGGACAAAAUCCUGAGAGGAGCCCUUGUUGACUUGCACGAUCGAUUAGAGGAAGUGUGUGAGAGGGAAAUCGACAGGAUCUCUGAUAAGAUCAAGGAAGGAAGCCCACAUCAGGAAUCACAUCCACAAUCCACUACAACUCUUCAGAGAGCAAACAACAGUACCACAGCCAACACAGAGCCAAAAACCAGGUCAGAAUUCCUACAAUACUGCGACAACAUGAUGCUGGACGUCAACACAGCGAACCCCUACCUGCGCGUGUCUGACGGGAGGAAGGGAGCGACCACACUGUCAGAGUCCCAGCCGUACCCAGACCACCCGGAGCGCUUCAGCAGCUGGGCCCAGGUGCUGUGUCGAGGGCCCCUGAUCGGACGCAGGUACUGGGAGGUGGAGUGGGAGGGCUCCAGGGGGGUCUCCGUAGGAGUGUGCUACAAAGGGAUGACCAGGACAGGGGGAGGGACCGACAGCAAGCUGGGACACAAUUCCAAGUCCUGGAGCCUGGACUGCUCCAAUCUCAGUUGCUCUUUCCAACACAACAAGGACAGUACAGCCAUAGGUGUCCCGUGCUCCAACAGGAUAGGAGUGUUUCUGGACCACGGGUCUGGAAUGCUGUCUUUCUACAGCGUCUCUGAUAAGAUGACUCUGCUUCAUAGGACCAAGACCACGUUCACUCAGCCUCUCUACCCCGGCUUCUGGGUGGGACUGGGAUCCACCUUGAAACUAGGCUCUCCUCACAAACACGUUGUUUGGUCAUGAAACAAAUGAUUUAAUGGUGUACUUUGUAUAGAUACCAUUUGAUGGAUUUGAAUGUAAUUUUCUAUGUAGAGGGUUCCUGCAGGUUUCAGUAAGACAAAUGUAAGACCUUAAGACAUUUUAAGACCAUAAAGAUUGAAAUUUAAGAGAUGACACAUUACCCCAAAAAUAUUUUAAUAAAUAUUCUAAAUAAGUUCUGAAAAAAUAUUUUUAUUUCUGUGAAUUCAGUCUUCGAACCACAACCCGACUGUCCAGAUCCACUGUCCCACCAGGAAAAGCUCAACCAAUCUAAAAAUGAAUUUACCUUUUAUGAGUUUUAUUUAUAGGUCAAGUUUUAUUUAUGAGUUUUAUUUAUAGGUCAAGUUUUAUUUAUAAGUCAAAGAGCUAAAAAUUUGGUGUAAGAAGAUCCUUCAGCCAAAUUUGAACACCAGAUUCCUCACACUGUAGCCCACAUCUUUAACCACUGAGCUAUUAGGGAUCAUCUCCACUCGACAUUUUAAAUUUGACAUUGAACUAUCUAGUUGAAAACAACCUACAGAGUUGGGGUGUCAUAAAACCAUAAGAAAGCAGGGCUCCCCUGUUAACUCACUGGAUUAUGGUGCAUGCUCUUUCAGACAUGCUGGGGCAGCCUGGGUUAAAAUCAACAUUUCAAAUUGUUUAUU